CAUACCGUCUGACGAGAAAAAUAGAGUCAGAAUGUCUUUAGGAACCAGCAGUGUUAACCCCAUGACUGGCCGCACUACUCUCCCACUUUCACAUGGGGGCAAUGCCAUUGUCUUUCCUCCUGGGAGUAACAUCCCUGCCCCAUCAGUUGGUCAGUUAUCAGUGGGCUCUAUAGACCUCCUCAAGUCCAAAACUGGCCAAAACCGCCGGGAGCAUCACACGGACCGUUACCAAAGCAAUAACCUUAUCAUCCGUCGAGGGCAGGGCUUUCAAAUUAGGUUAGAGUUCUCACGAGGGUUUGACCCUAAAUCUGACAAACUACACCUUCAACUUGAUCUAGGCCCUAAGCCAUCAAUAUCAAAAGGCACCUUAGUGACUGUUUCUCUGGUUGAGAAGUUGCGGAACAAUUUCUGGGAGGCCAAAAUUAUCAACCAAAAGGGUAAAAGUAUAAAUCUUUGCGUCAACACCCCACCGACUGCUCCCAUUGGUCGCUAUAAGCUUAGUGUGAUAACAUGGACCCCAGAAGGGAGCACCACUUUUAGUUGCAAGUCUGAAAACGAUAUCUACUUGUUGUUUAACCCAUGGUGUAAAGAUGACACAGUGUUUCUGGAUAAUGAAGAGCAGAGGAUGGAGUAUGUCCUAAAUGAAUAUGGAACACUUUAUUGUGGAACAAAGAAUCAGAUUGGUUCCAGGCCUUGGAUCUUUGGACAGUUUGCUGAUGGGGUUCUCGCAGCAUGUCUCUUCAUAUUGGAGAAGAGUCAAGCACUUGCUUCAGGUUGGGGAGAUCCUGCUACUAUUAGCAGACUUGUUUCAGCCAUGGUUAACGCUCCUGAUGAUCAAGGUGUGUUGGUGGGGAAUUGGUCAACAGUCUACGAGAAUGGGACUGCUCCAACGCUGUGGCAUGGCAGUGUGGAAAUUCUCAGGCAGUACCACACAAGUGGAGGAAAACCUGUUAAAUAUGGCCAGUGCUGGGUGUUUGCAGGAGUCACCACCACAAUUCUCAGGUGUUUGGGGAUUCCCACUCGCAGUGUCACAAACUUUGACUCUGCCCACGACACAGACGUUUCCAUGACAAUCGAUGUGUAUGUUGAUGAGAAGAUGAGGCCGAUUAGGAACCUCAACAAUGACUCAGUUUGGAACUUUCAUGUGUGGAACGAAUGCUGGAUGGCACGGCCUGACUUACCAGUUGGCAUGGGUGGUUGGCAGGUGGUGGAUGCAACCCCUCAAGAGACGAGUCAGGGUAUGUUCCGCUGUGGCCCUACACCUGUGGCGGCUGUCCUUGAUGGACUGGUUUAUACCAGAUUCGAUACACACUUUGUCUUUCCCGAGGUGAACAGUGACAGGAUCUACUGGCAAAAACAACCUGGUGGCAACUUCAGUCAGAUAGGCAUCGAUAAGAAUGUAGUGGGGCACUGCAUUAGCACCAAGGCAGUUGGCUGUGACAAAAGAGAGGACAUCACACACCUCUACAAAUACCCAGAAGGGUCUGAAAGAGUGCGAAUUGCCCUUGAAACGGCUUCCCACUAUGGCUCCAAGCCUAACGUCUACCCCUCUGCUGUGAUCAAUGAUGUCACAUUAGAGGUUUCCAUUAAAGGGGAGGAGCCUUUCAUAGGUCAAGAUGCUUGUCUGGCCUUCACGGUGAAGAACAGCAGCUCUGAGAAUCGCAGUGGCAGCUUGUUCUGCCAUGUGGCAGUCAUGUACUAUACUGGAGUAAUAAAGGGCAAGGUGAAGGAGGAGGAAAUAGCGGUGAAGCUCAAACCUACCGAAGUCAAGACACUAGAUUGGACCAUUCCAUAUGCCAAAUACAAGGACCUGCUUGUGGACCAUGCAGCAAUGCUGCUCACCAUGACUGGACGAGUCCGUGAGACUCAACAGGUUUUGGCAACUCGGUUCAACUUCCACCUGCACUCGCCUGACAUUACUAUCAUCCCUGUAGGAGACGCUGUGCUGGGGAAAGAGAUGGCGGCUAAUAUCACCUUUAAGAAUCCACUGCCAUGUGUACUGAAGAAUGUUAAGUUCCACAUAGAGGGCUUGGGCUUGAUGAAGGCAAAGGACGUUUGCUACGGUGAUGUGGCCAGUCUGACGACCGUCACCCUGAACGAGAAGUUCACUCCCACUUUAGCUGGUCCACAGAAGCUUCUAGCCUCUCUGGACUGCCAGCAGCUCACACACGUUUAUGGUGUGGCCGAAAUCCUCAUCAAGGAGAAGUAAAAAGUUUAAAGAAUGCAUACUCGAAUGCGAAAAAACCCCAAAAGAAAAGUAAAAAUAAAAAAAGCUAAUGCUA